GCAAAAGUUGUGUAUAUUUGGCACAAAAUAGCACACCUUAAGUGAAACUAAAGUAAAAAGUAUCUAUAUGGCCUUAGACUGGAUUUUAUUGAUAUGUAUGCUUGGAAAUGGGGAAAACAUAAGGAUCCAAGGUGUGAGCUGUGUCUGUUUUGACACAAUUUAUUAGUGCUGACAGUCCAACCAUAGAAUUGAUAUAUCUAGUGAUUGCUUAUUAAAAAAUUGUAGCUAGAUUUAACUUUAAUGCCCUCAAUUACUGGUAAAUUAGUACAUUGGCUAGUUAUAUUUGGAGUAUUUUGUAGUAAAUUUUUGAGACUGACUUGCAAUUAUGGUAUAAGAAGUAAUGAGUACGAUACUUUCUUUUAGCUUCCAUUAUGCAUAUUCAACUCUCAUCCAUGGAAUGAGGGAAUAAUGAAGAUAUUGCAUUGAAUCUUAUUAGUUUAAUAACAAUGAUAGGACAAGGAGGAAUUGGAAGCCUAAUGUGCAGGACAAACGGCUCUUCAGCUACAUUCUUGAUCGCCACAUUCGUGUUAAGGUAACCACUCAUGCUAUCCGCUGUAUAGAUAAGGCAGGCGGGAUAGAUGAGUACUUGCUAAAAACUCCAUACCACAAGAUGGACACGGAGAUGGGCCUUUUCUGGAAAGCUAAAAUUGAGAAGAUGUACGAAGAACUUGGGAAGAUGGAGGUAGUUUUCUUCACACCCGAGGAUGAGGAUCGUCUAGAAGAGCAAUUUAGAGAAAUCAAAUUAGCUGACCGAGCAGCACGUAGGGAUGCCCGGAGAAAAAUGUAUGGUUGGUCUGGCAAAAAAGACAGUGGAGCAGAUACUGAAGGAGCACAAGGAGAAACUUCUGCCAGAGAAGAAGGAAGCCCGGAUACUGACAUUCAUGAGCAGAUGCUGGCUAAUGCUUGAGUAUAUGCCUCAUCUAUUGUAAUGCUGUUGGUCUCGCGUCAUAGGGGCUGCUGGAUUUUUUGUAGCUUAAUCUCCUUUGAUUUCCCCCUUAUAAUGUUAUUACCUUGGCAUUACAGUUUUGGUUUCUAUAUGAACAAAUUGCUUAGUUUUAUUGUAACAUUUGACCAAGCAUUUGCCUGUACAUGGGCAUGGCCUGCGUGAUGGGCUCGGGGAUAUUCAAAAUAAGAAUGAGCGUUCUUUUUACGAGGGUUCAAGUCA